CUCGGCGCGACGGAGGCGGCGGCCCCGGAUGCUGCGGCGCCCGCUGGUCGGGCUGGCGGCGGCCGCCCUGGGCCGAGGCCUUCCGGACGGGAUGUCGGGCCCCAGACCUGUGGUCCUGAGCGGCCCUUCGGGCGCUGGCAAGAGCACCCUACUGAAGAGACUGCUGCAGGAGCACAGCGGCAUCUUUGGCUUCAGUGUAUCCCACACCACGAGGGACCCGCGGCCUGGAGAGGAGAACGGGAAAGACUACUACUUUGUGACCAGGGAGGUGAUGCAGCGUGACAUUGCCGCCGGCGACUUCAUUGAGCAUGCCGAGUUCUCGGGGAACCUGUACGGGACCAGCAAAGCGGCGGUGCGGGCCGUGCAGGCCAUGAACCGCAUCUGCGUGCUGGACGUGGACCUGCAGGGUGUCCGCAACAUCAAGAAGACGGACCUGCGCCCCAUCUACAUCUCCGUGCAGCCGCCCUCGCUGGACGUGCUGGAGCAGCGACUGCGGCAGCGGAACACGGAGACAGAGGAGAGCCUGGCCAAGCGGCUGGCCGCGGCCCGGGCUGACAUGGAGAGCAGCAAGGAGCCCGGCCUGUUCGACCUGGUCAUCAUCAACGACAGCCUGGAGCAGGCGUACCAGACCCUGAAGGAGGCACUGUCGGAGGAAAUCAAGAAGGCGCAAAGCACUGGCUGCUGCUGAGGGCACUGCAGGCCGUGUCCUUCUGUGGGAGGCGAGGAGACAUCUAUGUGGGGCCGUGACCUCACCGUCCCCAGCCACCUUCUACCCUGGCCCAUCCUUUGAACCAGAGCAGAUGUCUAAUAAACAUGCUGUAUUCGUUCCUA